GACAGUUUUACCGUUCUUGCCACAGCGCCUGUCCAAAUCAUCGUCCAUACCUUGGAGGCGUCAGUGAAGCCUACCGGGAUUAGUCCACGCAACAUAGGUUCUGCUGCAGGCUUACAGUGUUCACGUAACGAGUUCAUCACCACGACUUCAUGGGACCUGUAGGUGAUGCAAGGAAAGGAGAGUACACUUGCUGCACUAAGGCGCUGGAGGAAGGAUCUGGUUGUGGGCGUGCUCCCGCAAAGUGUCAGUCGCGCCCCUCUCACUAGCGCCGACUUUCCUUCCGUCCCCUGCGGGGUUGCUGACCAAUACGAGUGCGCGAGCAGUUUGAGGCGCCCCGCCUUGGCGCUCCCACCCAUUGGCUGCGCCGACAGUGAACGAGGGAGGCGGCGCCGUGCCGUCGGUGCCGACAGGCCUCAUUGGAACUUGUAACUUGACGGUUACCCUGUUGAUGUGUGAUGGACUCUCGGAGUUGUGGCCGAUCGAGACAGGCCAUGUGCGGCCAUUGUUAGACUGUGAGCACCUCAGCUGGAAAAUAUGGCUGACAGCCCCGCGCGGGAAGACGAGGCGGACAUGCCGCCACUCGAAUCUCUCAUGGAGGACGAUGAAAGCCGAGCCGACAAGACAGGAGACGCCAUCGAGGAAGAGCUGGACGUGGUGAGCACGGCGUCUCUAGACGCCGAACAGGACUUCUUCGAAGACGACGAGUACUUCAAACCAAUCAAGAGGUUAUGCAUGGUGGAAGCACGGCCACCGGCAAAUCCAUCGCCAAAGCCCCUUACCUCUUUCUUCAUCAAGGACAUUCUCAGCCACAAACCAGCUCGCAGAACGACGGGUAUCGUGCGGCCGUGGGACUUAGAAUCGCCGAACCCGGGCCGUCGGAGGCCUCGGUCUACGGACGAGGACUCCCGCUCCGAGAGGUCUGAGAGCGACUCUCCUGAGAGCCCUGCUGCGUCCAACAACAACAGCUCCACUUCUCCUCUGGAUGCACUGUUCGAGAUGACCAGCAAGGCAUUUGAGGGGCUCGAAUCCGGCGAAAGAGGAUCCGAUGCUUCGAGGGAAAACGGUGGCUCGUUCAAUGGCCGGCAACCUGUCAAGAAGAAACGAAAGUCGAGAACCGCCUUCACGAACCACCAGAUCUUCGAACUGGAGAAAAGGUUCCUCUACCAAAAGUACUUGUCACCAGCGGACAGAGACGAAAUCGCACAGUCUUUAGGGCUCACAAACGCUCAAGUGAUAACGUGGUUCCAGAAUCGCCGCGCCAAGCUCAAGAGGGACAUGGAGGAACUUAAGAAGGACAUGGAUGCCGCCAAGAUCCAUACUAUACACAAGACCCUAAUAGAUAAUAUUCAAGACCUAAGCAGUUUCAAAAAGGACAUACAUAAGCCACCCAGUGGGCCACCUUCUCUCGAAUCGUCGAGAUACUAAAAUUCGGUCGCCAUCUUUUUGUGCUUCUACACGGGUAAAAAUUGACGGCUGCCAUGGCAAAUCUUGGAACGCAAGUCCUUCAACGCUGAAAUCAGUUGGAGGCAGCCGCACAGGCGAUUACGUCACAUAGUCUUCGUUGUAACAUCACAGACUGUUCGAAAACAACCGGUCAAGAUGCGUAGCUAGAAGCGGCUAGCUUCUUGAAGCAAUUCAUGGGAUUGCUGUGACUGUGAUUAUCGUGCAAAUUAAGCGUCGAGAUAAGCUGGCACCCGUUUGAAAUGCGGGCUGCUGUAUCCCAUACCAUUACAUCAUUACGUGUUCGCUGCUCCAAGUGCGGGUAUUAAAUCCCUGGCGCGAAGAAAUGACCUGGCAUAGCGCGUUUGUUUGUCAGGCAUUUCAUUGUUGUCCAGCCCCAUCGAUCCGCAUGCCCGCAUGUCUCUGCUGGUCACUGUGAGAAACCUCGAAUAUAGCCGGCAUUGAGACAAGCGCCCACACCACUAUACAUAUAUUUAGAAAGCAACUUUUUGUUUCUAGUGUGCUGGUGUCCUUGUUGUUCUUGCUGUUCCUCAUCGGACUUAAGGUGGUCGCUUUAGUGGCAGCUAUGACACUAUCGACAGGUGCUCUGAAUGUCAAUUGAUUGACAAGGAAUCUCUCGAAGACGCACCUUGUUACCAAACCAUUCAAGUGCGGAUUUUCAAUCGAAAUUAGAUGCUUGCUUGUCCACACCCUCAUGCUGAAUUUUUGAGCUAAGAAUCGUGCAAGCAACCAAUCCGAUUCCUUUUAGAUGUACCAUGUAGUCUAUUGGCACUAUAUGACAGUUUAGAGCCAGUAGUUUCAUCUGGUUUGACGUCCAUAGCUCAUCUACAAAGCUGACCCACAAAGUCGGCUUUUUACUGUCAUUUUUGAGUCGCCAGUCAUAUAGCCGUAUUUAAUAAGGACAAAAUCUAGUGCAUGUAGGAAAAAGCGCAUCGCAGUGUAAACUUGGUGUAAAUAUUCUAUUAUUCUGUCAACAAAGAUAACCGACAAUUAUUUUUGUUCCCUGUAUAUACAGAAGACAACUGUACAGUGGAUGUUGAUACGAUAUUGAGAAUAAAUAACGAGUACAUACAGCAGCUUCCCUUUCUCCAGCCGUACACUUUCGUUCUUACAGUUCAGAUUUCUGUUUUCUUUUGGAUGGCUCUCUUUCUAGUGUUUUCUAAGUUUAAGAUAUAGAGUAGCGAAUACAAGUAUAGUCAUAGCGAAUGAAAUGUUUCGGAAUCCUACGCAAGCCGAAAGACAUGCAUACAAAGAGCCGAAGGCACACAACCAAAGUUAUGCGUCAAUGAUAACCAUGAUUAGACUGCGUGUCUAGUGGCGUCGGCGUCCGAAUAUGUGCAAGUUUACCCUGUCUUUUUCUAUGUGUUACGGCUGCAGCGACGUUCGCGUAAAAACAUCCCAAAAUAUAAAUAAACGAAUGCAAAUAAUACCGAAAAGCAGAACUUUGAAAAUGUGCAAGCUACGUUUGUAACGUAGUUUGUCAAGAAAAGUACAUCGAGUAUUCGUUGUUGUCAAAAUACGUACGAAGGGCAGAUUCGCUCAAAUACCUGGUGAGUGACUUUUAUGUUGCACGUUAAAUGUAGGAAUAUCCCUCAAUAUACGCAUAUAUGGCGUCUCAAGGCAUCCAAAUGGCGUUGUCUUUUGUACUGACAAUACUCUGCAAAGCUGACAACGGUUAGCAUAGGCACAGGUCGCGCCACCUCACUUGCAUGUAGAUGGGCAUUCGGCGUACAUCAGUCAGUAUAUGAGGCUCAAAGUCGACAUCGCUGGCAAGGCCCACCUAUUCUUCUAAGCGUCAACAGGUACUGUUAGUUAUGUGCCUCGUCCAGUCCUGGGUGCUUGUGUGUACAGAAGUGUGUAUGUGUCGAAUAUUGGCUGUGUUCGUAUGUACAUAAAUGUAAAAGAACAAUGCCAAGUCUAAACAACCUUGAGGCGUAUUGUCUCGCUUAAUUGACAUCCUGCAACCGGCAUACCUUGUAUGAGAUACCACACCUCACAUAGUUGGCUAUUGUGCAGGCUUUUUGAAUGAAGCUGUAUUUGAAUCGAAGUGCAUCCACCCGUCAUGAAUUUGCUGAAAUGUGGGUGGUAACGCGCAUGCUGUAUUCACGCCGCAUAAAGUGUGUAAUGUUUUAAUUGAUCUUAGAAUUGAGUUAAUUGAACGACUUCUUAACUCCCGCAUUAAUAAUUAUCACCUAACGGCACCACUCAUUGGCAAAAAUACAUCGCAUGCAAGAAUGUUACUUACCGAAGAGCUAUGCGAAAGCUGCACCGAAUACAGAAGGUUGUACCUUGGCACAGAAGGGCGAUUGUCGUGCAAUGUUUCAAAGGGUUGCAUCUUCACUACCCUGCAUAAGGAAAUAGCAACGAAUACAGCUUUCCGUUGUGUUCAUUGAGUAUUAUGUUGAAAGAAUAUCUGUUCGUAACUUGUACUCAUUAAAAUUAUUAUGCUUCAUUUCAUUUUCCCCCUGCCUUGUGUGCGGUGCUCCACAACUGCGAAAUGUUACCUCAGCUUACAGCUCACAACGUUGUAUCUCAUCAUUCAGCGGUCUUGUCUUUGUGUUGUGUAAAUUGUGUUUCGUUAUAAUUUAUGCAGCGUUUAAUCUAGCACGUUGGUGCGCAAUUGUCACAUCAAUAGCACACGUUUCAUCGGUGGUACAGGCACAGCCUGCAAUAUCUAAUAUUGAUGAAACUUAUCUCGCAUGACAUAAAGAUGUCGGCAAAACAAAACAAGAAUGAGUUAAACAUAACCCGUAGCCUAUGUUGUAAUUGAGUCUGCUGAAUAGCAGGCAUCCUUGCCGAGCCCAACACUAAACAGAAGAAAAACAAAGAAAAGAAAAAGAGGGACAGAAACAACAGAACAGAAAACCUGGUCCACUGAUGAUCGUGUAUACUUGUCACAUGUUUUAUGAGUAGUUCCUAUUUAAAAAAGCAAGCGUUUACAUGUUCUAGCUGCUCUGUCGAAGUUUUGUACUUGACAUCGGUGUGCACGAUAGGAAGUUCUGUGAUAUAUCACAUUGUUCUCAACAUAUUGUAAAGUUCCCACAUGACAAACACGCAAAUACGAUAAUAAAACAAGUACUUUUACACAGAG